UUAUUUUAUUAUCAGAUUAAGUAACAAUGGCAGAAAACACAAGUCUAGGUAUCACUAUGACUUGUGAGGUUUGUUCAGAGUAUUACACUGACCCCCUCAUGCUUCCCUGUCUUCACUCAUUCUGUAAGAAGUGUCUAAUAAAAGCUAAAGAGAAGCAAGGUAGUGCUGAUACCUUAUUAAAGUGUCCAACGUGUGACACUAGCGUUAAUUUACCUGAUGGUAAAAUUGAAGGCCUCACUCAAAACCUUUGGUUUGAACAUAAAUCAAAAGAGGCUUCGAUCAAAAAGAAGAUCGUUAGCAAGGAAGCAGUAUCGUGUGAUAAAUGUGAUGAUUCCAGUGAUGCAGCUGUCGUGUUUUGCUGUGAUUGUGGCCAGUUUCUGUGCGAUCAUUGUAAGAAAGGUCAUAAGCGAAACAAGAAAGAAGCCAAUCACAAGUUGAUUGAUCUAGAAACAAAGGAAUCCAUUGAACUGCCUGUUAUUAAUUAUGAGGCAGUUUAUUGUGCACGGCAUCCAGAAAAGCUGAUAUACUACUGCAAUGAUUGCAAUAAACUGGUUUGUCAGAUUUGUCUUAACAUUCACCAUAAAAGUCACAAUUACAAUUAUUACCUAGAUGAGGGUGAUACAGCACAUGAAGCAUUAAAGCAAAGUAUUGCUAGUUGUGAUGGAAUCAUUCAUCCAGUCACUGAAGCUAUUGCUAAUGGAGAGAAAAUGCUAGAGCAGAUAGCAACACGUAAAGAAGAAGUAAGGCAGGAAAUCAAGGAAACGUUUGAAGAGCUUAAAGCUGCUUUAGAUAAGAGAUGCAAUGAUCUACUAAUGGAGACAGAAGAGAUUGCUAGCGCUAAGAGGAAAUCUGUUGAGAAACAGUUGGAUGGGUUUCGUAAACUGGUAAAACAGGUUUCUCACGGUUGUCACCUUGCGUCAUCAGUGAGUGAGUGUACUGAUCCAGGUGAAGUUCUCAGUGUUAAGAAGCUAAUCACCAAUCAACUAGAGGAAUGCAUUGAAGAGUAUAAGAAACUACCUCUAGAAAUAGAAGAAAAUGAAGCAAUUUUAACUCGCCUUGAUAUUACUGCCAUGAGCAAUGAAAUUUGUAGAUAUGGUGGUGUUUUUGAAGUUGAUCCAGAUCUUUACUCCAUUGAAAGUGGAAAAGCCAUUCCUCUAGCAACAGUAGAAAGGGAACGAAAAUUUAAACUUGCUAUUAAUAUCGCUGUACCUCUAGAUAAAGCAUUGCAUCAAAUAUGCCCUUCCUUUAUCAAAAGUGAUGGUAGUAAAGAGGAGGGUAGAGUUGUUAUAGUUAAUGAUAACAACACAGCCAUUGUAUCAUGCACACCUCAAAGUAUUGGUGGAUAUGAACUAUCAGUGACUAUAAGAGGUCACCAUAUUAAAGGUAGUCCUUAUCAACUGUCAGUAAAAGCAUCAAGAGACUAUACCACACUAACUAACCAGAGAUACUUUAAUGUGCAAGUCGGCAAUGGUACUCCUGGUGUUGCUGUUCAUACUAAUGGUGAAGUAUUUGCUAGUAGUGAUGGGUUCGUUCAGGUAUUUAGGAAGGAUGGUACUGCAGUAAGAAGGAUUGGAUCUAGAGGCAAUAUUGGACAGUUUGGAUAUCCUUUUGGUUUGUUGCUGCUAGAAGACAGGCUGUAUGUGUCUGAUCAUACUCUUAAUCGUGUGCAGUAUUUCUCAGCUACUACUGGUUACUAUAUUGGUCAGUUUGGUCAUCAAGGUAAUGGAAACGGGCAGUUUUCUAAUCCUUGUGGUAUGUCUACUGAUGGUAAAGGUAACAUAUUAGUAGCAGACCUCAACAACAACAGAGUCCAAGUAUUUAAAGAGGAUGGUACAUUUGUACAAGUCAUACAAUGUGAUGGUAGAGCAACUGAUGUAGCAGUUGAUAAUGAAGGAAAGAUACAUAUCACCAUUGAAAAUCAACAUCAUGUUAAAGUCUUCUCUCCUGAUGGUAAAAUUCAUCUUGACACAUACAAUAAUCCAGCUGGUAACUUUAAUAAUCCUAAUGGUAUUGCUAUUGAUGAUGAAGGAUAUAUCUUUGUAUCAGUUGGCUGCAACUAUCUUCACGUAUUGAGCCCUGACAGGAAAGAAGUCAAAUUAAUCUCGGGAUUUUCUGAUCCAUGGGGUGUAGCACUGGAUAAGGAUGGAUAUAUUUAUGUUGCUGAUUAUAGAAGCAAACUUAUAAUGAAAUAUUAA